AACCUGCGACAGGAGGUGACGUUGCAUUGAGGAGGAGUUGUCGCUGUCAUCCAAACAUCGAGGAAAACGUCGCAGACAUUAUAUAUCUGAUUUAUUGGUCAACAUUCUAACGACUUAAACGUCGGCAUGGCUGCUCAGAAAAUCAACGAGGCGCACGAACACAUAGCUAAAGCAGAAAAAUGCCUGAAGACAAGUCUGACAAAGUGGAAACCAGAUUAUGACAGUGCUGCUUCAGAAUAUGCCAAAGCAGCUGUGUGCUUCAAGAAUGCUAAGCAGUAUGAACAAGCAAAGGAUGCUUAUCUGAAGGAAGCGGAGUACCACACAGAAAACAAGGCACUCUUUCAUGCUGCAAAGGCAAUUGAACAGGCAGGUAUGAUGAUGAAGGAUCUUAAGAAGAUGUCCGAGGCUAUCCAGUACAUAGAGAAAGCGUGCAUGAUGUACAUGGAAAAUGGAACACCUGAUACUGCAGCCAUGGCUCUGGACAGGGCUGGAAAACUGAUUGAACCGAUAAACCUGGAGAAAGCUGUGGAUCUAUAUCAGAAGGCAGCAGGUGUGUUUGAGAAUGAGGACCGUUUGCGUCAGGCCGUUGAACUUCUGGGCAAAGCCUCCAGACUUCUGAUCAGGUUAAAACGGCUGGAUGAAGCAGCAGCUGCCGUGCAGAAAGAGAAGAACAUGUACAAAGAGAUUGAGAACUUUCCCAUGUGUUUCAAGAAAACAACGGCCCAAGUUCUGAUUCACCUUCACAGAGGCGACUACGUCGCGGCUGAUAAAUGCGUGCGAGAAAGUUACAGUUUACCCGGCUACAGUGGAAGCGAAGAUUGUGUUGCCAUGGAGACACUGCUGCAGGGCUACGAUGAACAAGAUGAGGACCAGGUCUAUCGUGUGUGCAAUUCACCUUUACUGAAGUACAUGGAUAAUGAUUACGCAAAGCUGGCCAUCUCACUGCGGGUACCCGGAGGAGGAAAGAAGAAAUCAGCAGCAAACCCACAAGGUGGCGCCAGUGGGGCACCAGCUGCUGCUGAGGAGGAGGAUGAUUAUGAAGGAGGGCUGUGUUAGCCUACAUUCUGCAAAAACCACUUCAUCGUUGAACUCCAGGCUGUUUGAUCCAUAUUGUGCAAAAUCAAGUAUUUUUUUGUUUGUCCUUUUUAAGCAAUAAAAGAAAUGUCAGCAGUUACAUUAAGUGUUGCAUAAGAUUUGAAGAGCCUUUUAAAUGGGCUUUAUUACUGGUGGCACCUCAGUGUAAUUAAAAAAAAUUAUUAUUCCAUGUUCUAUAAAGUAUGAAAGUCUGUCACAUGUAAAUGUUCCUUUGUUGUUGUUUUUUGAAGAUGUAAAUUUUGCUGUUAUUGUUUGUGGAUAGUGUCGGAUUGCUACACCAUACACUAAAAUCUGAAAUUUUCUCAAUAUGUCA